AUUGUUCCUAAUUGUGAUUAAAAAGACUGCAAUAUUUAUCUCAGCUUCAGAUCGAAAAAUCUGAUCAAUACAACUUCUAUCAAUUUAAUCUUUGAUUGCUAAACGAUAAAUAUAAAGAUAUUGAAAAUGGGUGGACCAGAUUUACCAGAAACACCAGCACCCUUGAAGAGUAUCCAGCCUUAUUUAAAAAUUGCUAAUGAACAUGAUCAAAGGGAUCCUAUUAUUAGCUAUUGGUGCCGAUUAUAUGCAUUGCAAACUGGUCUCAAGCUAUCAACAAAGACUAGUGAUGAAACGGCUUUUCUACUAAAAUUGAUGGAUUGGCUUGAAUCAACAAAGAAAGCUAAUGCUGAAAAUGAAGCAAUUACAAAUGAUGUAGCAGCUCAAGCACACUUGGAAAACUGGGCCUUAAAACUGUUUCUUUAUGCAGACAAAAAUGAUAGAGCCUCUAAUUUUGGCAAAAAUGUGGUACAGAGUUUCUACACAGCUGGACUUUUGUAUGAUGUACUUACUACAUUUGGAGAGUUAAGUGAAGAAGCUAUACAGAAUAAGAAGUAUGCGAAAUGGAAGGCAGCUUAUAUCCACAAUUGCUUGAAGAAUGGUGAGACACCAGUUCCAGGACCUCUCAAAGAUAAUGAUGAUAAUUCAAAUGAAAAUGUUGCUGAUAACUCAGAAAAUGAAGAAGAUGAGGAUAAUGAGAAUAAUGUUCCUGGUGCAAAGCCUACAUUACCUUCGCAAGCUCCAUACCCAAUGCAGCCAUUAAUACCUUCUCAACCUUCUCACCCAACACCACCAAGCAACAUGGGUGCUUUUGACUUCCCUGCAGUACCAGGUCAUGAAGGUGAAAAUGAUGAAAAGGAGGGGAAUAUUGAUGAAAUCGUUAAGGAGGAUGACAAUGAUAUUAAUAAUGCAGCUGGUGAAAAUAACGACGAAACCGCUCGAAAAGGAGAUGACAAUCGAGGUGAUGAGAAUGACGAAGAAUUGGCUAACGAGGAAUAUCAUGAACCAAAUUAUGAUGAUGCUGUCAAAAAUAAUGAAGAUACUGCUGAAAUCAAGGAAAAUCAACAGAAUGAAUACAUCGAAAAAUCGGCUGAAAAGGAAGAAGACAAGGAAGAUGAAGUUGAAAUUAAUAACAACGAAGAAUUGGUUGAAGUAGGAGAUAACCAGGAUAAUGAAAGUAUUGAACAAAGUGCUGAACAACAUCCGUACAAUCCAGCACCGACACCAACAAAUCCUGGAACAAAUAGCAAUAAGCCAGCAACAAUAACUUCUGAAGCUGGUGUAGAAUUAACACCUGAACAAUCACUAAAAGCUCAAAAAUACAUAAAAUGGGCCGGUAGUGCUUUAAAUUAUGACGACGUGCCUACAUCAAUCUUAAAUUUGAAAAAAGCCUUACAUCUUCUCACAACUGGAGAAGAUCCCGCAUGAAAAUUGCUUCUAUUACGCAAAAAUAGAAUUAUUUUCAAUAAUUUCAACGUUAUCGAACGACUUAAACAAGUUAAUAUUUUGCGUCAUUCCGUUUGCUAAUAAAGCUUUUUUCAUACUUUUUUUUCGACUCGACGUCACGAAGAAAAUAUUUUCUUAACGAAACGUAUGCUAUAACAAUAUUAAUAUAUGCUUUUUAUUAUAUUUGUACAUAUAUUGAAGUGUUGUAUAUUUAAAUAUAGCGAAGCAUGAAUAAUAAAAUAUGAU